AUGCGAAGCAAAAGAGCAAGCCACGUUAUUGUGAAAAGAGGAGCAACGGAUGAGAGCGCGAUAACUCUCCGUAUGAAACGAGGACGUGACCUUUUAGAAGGAACGCUGUGGUUGCGAAACGUUAAUGACAAGCAUCCCUUCUUGUGUUCACGAAUACCAAAGCCGACAGAUGAAGAGAUCGAUCCCAAGAAAAAUGAAUCGCUUAAUGCUUUCCAUGAAGUGGAGUUCCCUUCGACGACCACUGAGGAGCCAGAAGAAACCACAACUGAAUCAGUCAAUAAAGUCAGCCAGGUAAUAGUAACGGUAAAAGGAAGCGAACACACAACCACAGACGACGGCAUAAGAUGGGAUUUCAUGACGCCGUUCCCAGAGCGUCUUACACGGAGGACAGAAGACGUUGGUCAGAGUGGAACCACGGAAAAACAAGAACCGGAAGGAACCGAAGGAAGCAGAAUACAAGAGAGUACUCCUGGUCAAGUACCAGAAGAAGCAGUCACGUUCCCAAGAGAAACAACUAGAGACGGAAUUCCUGCUGGAAAGAAGACAGAAGGGCCAGGAGGUGUCUUUGAAUUGAGCACUAGGCUUAUGAAGCGUAUGACUUCGUAUGAUCAACCACCAUAUCCAUAA